AUGACGCAACCGUCGAAAAUUUUGAUAUUUAUUCUCUAUGAUAUUCUUAUCAUUUUAACACCUAUUCUCGCUGAUAUGUCAUCAGAAAAUUUUAUUAAUGAUACAGAUAAUACAAAAUUAAAUUUUGAUACCACUAACGACGAUUCAUCUUAUAAACUUGAUAGUCCAGAAAAUGUUGGUGAUUUGAAACUUGUGCUUAUAACUACUUAUAUAAUGGCUUUUUUUAAUACUGUUGGUUGUUCGUUACCUUUUUACACUGCUCUUGCUGAUGUGGGAAUUGAUAUCGCUGGAAUUUUAAAUAUAACCCAUACAGCCGUUUAUGCCAGAGUUUGGGAUCAACCAACGUGUACAAUAUUGAGUGUGGUGUAUUUUUUUUUCAUCACCAUUAACUUGGCUCUAUACGGUACUGUAAGCAUGUCAACUUAUCUUCGUGUUUGUCGGCAAUUUUAUUUUGAUCUUGGAAAAUUUGAUUAUAAAUUAUGGUCUGUUAUUCUGGCUAUCGCUACGGUUUUUCAAUUAAUUUCUGGUCCAUAUUACGGUGCUAGAAAGUAUUG